AUGGCGCUCCUGGCGCUCGGCGACGAGGCGCAGGAGCUGGAGGCUCAACAGAUGCUUGACGAGGCAGUGCAGAGGCACUGGGACAUCGGCGGUAAAUUCGCCGACGAGGAGAGCAUGACCGACUUCAGCUGGGACCUGAUGGGUCUCUUUCCAGGCGGAAGGCGACAAGACAAGGCUAUUCGAGCGGCGAAUAGGGGGCGCGAGGAGGUGACGGCCUUGUGGAGGCCACGGCGGACAGAAUUGAGGACUGGAUUGCGAGGAGAAAAUGGUGCCCGGGCUAUUUCUCCCGCAGCCACAACGCUGCUCGGUAUCAAAGUGACUCAUGCCUCCACUUCCAAAACUUACACCUUCCGCCUACGAUUUGAGGGUAUCCUCACGAUAGUGAUGGAGAAGCAACCAGAACCAAAUGCGCCCUCUGAUAUGGGAUCAGAGGACCCCUUCAUCUACGAGCUGAAGAGACCAGCUGCACCCAUCUCGCAACUCAAUCCCCUACACAUCCAAAGCUUGCACCCUUGCACAUCCCACCUACGAUCUGACAUAUCCUGA